AUGGAAUUCGAACUUUUCUACUACAGAUUCUCGAAGCAAUAUCCGGAUCCUAUAAAAAUUUCAUUGUCUUUGCAUCGACUUUCGGCUCUGCACAUUUCUACUGAGCACGCACCGAGCGUAUUGGAUGCUCACGAAAGCUUAUUGAAGGAUUUUGAGAAUCCUGGAUCGAGCACUACUAUGGGGCAUCGACUUUCGGCUCUGCACAUUUCUACUGAGCACGCACCGAGCGUAUUGGAUGCUCACGAAAGCUUAUUGAAGGAUUUUGAGAAUCCUGGAUCGAGCACUACUAUGGGGCAUCGACUUUCGGCUCUGCACAUUUCUACUGAGCACGCACCGAGCGUAUUGGAUGCUCACGAAAGCUUAUUGAAGGAUUUUGAGAAUCCUGGAUCGAGCACUACUAUGGGGCAUCGACUUUCGGCUCUGCACAUUUCUACUGAGCACGCACCGAGCGUAUUGGAUGCUCACGAAAGCUUAUUGAAGGAUUUUGAGAAUCCUGGAUCGAGCACUACUAUGGGUGUUUCAAGCUGUAUCGAAUCAAACGAAACAAGAGGAAGCAGUGAAACAAAAGUUGAAUUUACUGAGUCGCACUUUGUCGAAAUCAUUUAA